AUGCCCCUCAAGCUUCGAUUUGUUUCCAAUGCCGCGUCCACCUUGUUCCUGCUGGUGCUGCCGUUUAGGCUGUGGAAGCUCCGCAGAGAGACUAUCAAGGUCCUCCCCGGACACCGUGGCUAUGCCAAAUUGACACUUGCUGCCCUACUGGCAAUCGUCCAACUGGUCUUGUUGACGGCGAGACUGUCGCCUGAGGUGCCUUUUGAUAUUGAUAUCCUGUCUGCCAUCACGUCCUUGAUAGCAUGCUUGGGUCUCUGCCCGCUGGUCUUCUUGGAGCAUACACGGUCUGUUCGGCCAUCAGACCUUUCCAUUCUUUACCUGUGUGUGACGCUAGCAUGCGACUCCGUCGACUUGUGGACAACCAUCUACCAAGAUGCGGCCGCAUCAGUUGCUCUCCCGGAUCUCUUACCGGCUAUUGUAAACAUCUGCCUCAAACUGGUGCUGGUGGUUGUGGAAAGCCAAAGGAAGGACAAGAUCCUGAGAGAUGGCAGUGAGAAAUGGUCCGAAGAGGAACUGUCGGGCAUCUUGAGCAGGACCUUCUUCUGGUGGAUCAACUCCAUCUUGGCUCAGGGACGCCGUAACAUUCUCACUGAAGACAGUCUUCCACCCAUCGGUGCUCAGCUGUCGUCCAAGUUGCUGCGUCACCAGGCAUCAGUUGCGUGGGAUCAAAGAGCCAAGCCUGUUGGUAAAUUGACGCUGCCAAAGGUGCUGAUUGCGACUACCCUGCCGCACUUCCUGGCGCCCAUUCUUCCUCGUCUUUGCCUGAUACUCUUCCGCUAUUCGCAGCCGGUGCUCAUCCGCAAUGUCAUCCGUUAUCUGGAUGCGUCCAUGAAUGAAAACUCCACCGAGAGAGACUAUACGGUGGUGGUGAUGGCCGUUGUCGUCUACGUUGGCCUCGCGAUAUCAAAAGCAAUAUACCAGCAACGCCUGAACCGCCUCAAGGUAAUGAUCCGUGGCGCGGUGGUUGGUCUCAUCCACCGCAAGUCGUUGAACCACAUAUCCAGCAACUACGACGACGGAAAAGCCGUCACCCUGAUGAGCACAGAUGCAGAGAACGUGUUGAUUGGCACGGCCAUGCUGGCCAAGGAAGUCGGCUGGAUCUUUCCGGUCCCAAUUGUCAUCAUCUUCUUUUGCUCGAGAAUGAGCCGGUACUUGGCAAAGAAUUUGCAGAGCAAGCAAAAGAGUUGGAACGAAGCUACGCAGAAGCGCUUGUCCAUGACCACAUCCAUGCUUUCUUCCAUGAAGAGCUUGAAGAUGCUGGGCGUUGCUCCGUAUACGGAGAAGCUCAUUCGCAACCUGCGACUACAAGAGCUGGCCAUGGCCAAGAGAGUACGAUGGAUGAUGGUCGCCUACAAUGCAAGCGCGAAUGCCCUCGGCAUCUUCUCCCCCAUCAUCACGUUCGUGCUCUUCGCUUUGGUAGCGCGAUGGAACGGCACCGUCCUGGACGCAGAGACCGCGUUUACAACCACUGCGCUGCUCGGAUUGGUCACGCAUCCCGCAAACAUGAUCAUGUCCAUAAUUCCAGAGGCCGUCGGAUCGCUGGCCGCUUUCGAGCGGAUUCAGCAAUAUCUGCUUCAGCCGCCUCGACGUGACCAGCGAGACUUGCUCAAGGACUCCGACGAGGACACACCGGCCAUCUCCCUGGAACAGGUGACUAUCCAGCUUAGCCCAUCUACGCCACCGAUUCUAUCCAACAUCAACCUUGUCGUCAAGAAGGGCUCGAUCGUCAUCUGCUCCGGCCCCGUGGGCAGCGGCAAGUCGACUCUUGCCAAAGCCCUUAUCGGCGAGCUGCCUAUAGCCAGCGGCACAAUCUCCGUCUCGUCAAAGCGCAUUGGUUCCUGCGAGCAGGUCUCGUGGCUUCCCAGCGGGACGAUUCAAGAGGCUAUCAUUGGCUUCACGCCGGAGGAUCCCGCUUGGUAUGACCAGGUAGUGAGGCUAUGCUGCCUCGAUGAAGACAUCGCGACGCUUCCCCAGGGACAUCAGACCUUAAUUGGAAGCCGCGGCUUGAACCUCUCUGGAGGACAACGACAGCGAGUGGCUCUCGCUCGUGCCAUCUAUGCGCGAUGCGACAUUGUCAUUCUAGACGACAGCUUCAGCGCACUCGAUGGCAAGACAGAGAAUCGCAUCGUUGAGAAUCUCCUCGGUCCAGAGGGCCACUUUAGAAAGAUGGGCACAACCGUCUUUCUCAUCACCAACUCGGACUGGCUCGUUGUUCUCGCUGAUUCUUCGAUACAGUACCAGGGAACCGUCGCUGGACUGAAGGACCAGCCCCAGAGUAUUCUCAAAGUCAACGCCACAGACUUGGACAAGAAUGCUGCGGAAGAGCAGUUGAAAGUCGACAGCAAUGUGCAAAGACAGACGAUGAAAGUAGCUGAUGCCAUUUCCGACUUGAGCAGAGCGACUGGAGACAUCACCCUCUACGCUUCGUACUCAUUCUUCGUGACCUUUCCCCAGUAUUGGCUGAAUAAAUGGACUGCAGCGCCGCCCUCUGACACCAUGUUCUACAUUGGCGGCUACCUGAUCUUGUCUCUGCUUGCGUGGGCCUCUACCAAUGGUUCAAUGUGGUCGACAAACAUUCUCAUUGCAUCCGACUCGGGCGCUGAGCUUCAUCGUCGCACAAUUUCGACAGUCAUUGGGGCUCCUCUGUCAUUCUUUUCGAACACUGACAUCGGUGUCAUUCUCAACCGGUUCAGCCAAGACAUCCAGCUGGUCGACCGACAGCUCCCACCAGCCAUCUUGUCCAUCUCAAACCAGGUUUUCAAAAUCCUGGUGCAAGCGGCUUUACUGUUCGCAGCCCAGAAGCUCAUGGCAGUGACGCUUCCCGUUUGCAUCAUAACAGUCUACCUUAUCCAAAAGGUAUACCUGCAAACGUCGCGACAGCUGCGGUUGCUCGAACUGGAGUCGCAGUCGGCGGUGUACUCAAGCUUUCUCGAAUCAGUGGAAGGCGUUGCAACCAUUCGCGCGUUUGGCUGGGAGAGGCAGAUUGAAAACGCCAACAUCAAUUACCUGGACAAGUCCCAGCAGCCUUCGUAUAUUCUCUUCUGUCUCCAGCGAUGGCUCAACAUUGUCCUAGACUUGAUGAUUGCUGCUAUUGCCACCGGUCUCAUUACGCUGGCUGUCGUCUUGAAGGGAACGACGACCAGUGGCCAGAUUGGCAUGGCUCUCAACAUUGUGCUGGUUGCCAACACGACUCUUCUGAGUCUUGUUGAAUCAUGGACAAACCUGGAGAUUUCGCUGGGUGCAAUUGCCCGCUUGAAGAAUCUCGAGGCAGAGACGCCGAAAGAAGACAAGCCUGGCGAAAACUACGUUCCCGUGGAUACGUGGCCGUCAAUGGGAGAAAUCGAGCUGGAUAACGUAACAGUAGCAUACAAGUCUUUCAGCCCUGAAGCAAUCGCUUUGCGAAACAUUACCAUGAAGAUUUCCCCAGGCGAGCAGUUGGUCGUCUGUGGCCGUACCGGCAGCGGCAAGAGUACUCUACUCCUGACCCUGUUGCGACUUUUGGAUGCCAAAUCCGGCACGAUCAAAGUCGAUGGCGUGGACCUCAGUCUGGUGCCACGCACCUUGGUCCGGCAGAGAUGCUUCAUCACAGUUGCCCAGGAUCCAUUCAUCCUUGGCCAAGCUAGUCUUCGCUUCAACCUGGACCCAUCUGCUUCUUUUCCGGAUGAAAUUAUUGUAAAGGCUCUUGAAAAGACACGCCUAUGGUCACACUUCAAGCCCAGAACCUCCAUUGUCAAGCCAAGCGUCAUCCUGAGCACCUCCAUGGCAGCACUGCCGCAAAUGUCCACCGGUCAACUACAGCUACUGGCUUUAGCUCGAGCCAUUCUCCAGGUCCAGCAUCUCAACAGUGAAUCCAGCAUCUCUGAGGCUCGACCAAACGGCGGGCGCGUCAUGCCGAUCUUGUUGCUGGAUGAAGCUACUUCAUCGCUUGAUCCUGCGACCGAAUCUGCCAUGCGCAGCAUCAUCCAGGAAGAGUUUACGGAUAAAGGCAAUACGGUUGUUGCAAUCACACAUAGACUGGGUGGCAUUGCUGGGAACGGGCGAGCUGGGAAAGAUACAGUUGCGCUGUUGUCGAAUGGCAAGAUUGAGAAGAUGGGCAAGGCGGAGGAUAUCUUGGGCGAUCUCAUUUCGCCUUAG